AUGGCUUCAAGCCCAAAAGCCCCUGUGGAUACCUCCAGCACCGAACCAAAACAAUGGCGGAAUGAAAUAGAAUCUGCGUUGAAAGCCGUGAAGCAGGUCAUUGGCAUAUCACUCUCUCCGAUUCCCACGCAACGCUAUAUCCCACUCAAUGAUGAUAACCAGAAGAUGACGGGUCUUAUACACGACCUCCAAAAACUAGGAUUUAAAGAUGUCGGGACUCUCCUCUCGCUCUUCAACUCGGAAGUGAAAGGUGUUCAAGACGACAACAAAUUCCUACUCGAAAACCUGGUUGGAGUCCUCAGCAAGCUCGACCUUACUUCAAAAGUGUCAAGUCAGCUCACAACUGGCUUUGUCAACAAUCUCUGGAAUGCGCUCCCCCACUUACCUCCUACAUCUUUGGGUUCGAAAUACAAGUAUCGGGAAGCAGAUGGGUCCUAUAACAACAUCAGAAUUCCGGAGCUCGGAGCCGCGAAUACCCCAUAUGCUAGGUCUGCAAAGCCAAAGGUGCUACAAAACAUCGCCCUCCCAGAUCCUGGUGCGAUUUUCGACAGCUUGAUGGUCCGUGGAGAAACCUUCGAGACACACCCUAACAAGAUCUCCAGCAUGCUGUUUUAUCUGGCCACAGUCAUCAUCCACGACAUAUUUAGAACCGAUCACAAUGAUUUCAAUAAUUCUAUGACCAGCAGCUACCUUGAUCUCUCUCCGUUGUACGGGAGCAGUCAAGAAGAACAAAACACAGUCCGUUCCUUCAAGGAUGGCAAACUGAAGCCAGACUGUUUUUCUGAGAAGAGAAUCCUUGGCUUUCCUCCUGGCGUUGGAGUUCUGGUCAUAAUGUUUAAUAGGUUCCAUAACUAUGUUGUUACCCAGCUUGCACUCAUUAACGAAAAUGGACGUUUCUCAAAGCCCAAAGAAGAUGCGACGAAGGAAAUUUGGGCCAAGUACGACAAUGAUUUAUUCCAAACCGGCCGCUUGAUUACCUGUGGUUUAUACGUCAAUUGUAUUUUGAAGGAUUAUGUUAGAACCAUUUUGAGCUUGAAUCGAACUGGCACGAAGUGGGAUUUGGAUCCCCGUGCAUCAGAAGUAAAGUCUUUAUUUAAUACUCCUGCAGCGGAAGGGACAGGUAACCAGGUAUCUGCGGAGUUCAACUUGAUCUACCGAUGGCACUCAGCAGUCUCUCAGAAAGACGACAAAUGGACCCAAGACAUCUAUACGAGAAUGUUUCCAGGCAAAAGCCCAGAGGAGGUGACAGUGCCCGAGCUUCUUAGUGCUCUGCGAGUAAUGGAAAAGGACAUUCCCGAAGACCCUCUCCAACGGCCCUUUGCUGGACUUAACCGAAAUGCGGACGGCAGCUUGGAUGAUGAUGCUUUAGUCGAGAUUGUCCAGUCUUCAGUUGAGGACGUAGCCGGAUCGUUUGGAGCUAACAGAGUCCCUAAAAAUCUACGAGCAGUUGAGAUUCUCGGCAUAAUCCAGGCACGGUCAUGGAACUUGGCAUCUUUGAACGAGUUCCGCGAAUUUACUGGACUCACAAAGCACGCGACUUUUGAAGACAUCAAUCCAGACCCAGAGGUGGCGAAAAAACUACGGAACCUAUAUGAGCAUCCUGACUACGUUGAGUUAUACCCUGGUCUUGUGGCAGAGAAAGCAAAACCGCCAAUGUCCCCGGGCUCAGGACUUUGUGUCAACUUUACUACUUCGUAUGCAAUUCUGUCCGAUGCCGUAUCUCUGGUGCGCGGUGAUCGCUUUUAUACUCUCGACUACACACCAAAGAAUCUCACGAACUGGGGAUUCAACGAAGUCCAGUAUGAUCUAAAUGUUUCCGAUGGAGCUGUCUUUCACAAGCUCUUCUUCCGCGCUUUCCCAAAUCACUUUAAAGACAAUUCAAUCUAUGCCCAUUUUCCGCUGGUCGUUCCGAGCGAAAAUCUCGCCAUUCUCAAGUCAUUGGGCAGAGCCGAUAAGUACUCUUGGGAUAAGCCGAUUCGCGUUCCAGAGCUCAUCAUUAUCAAGUCAUACGCUGCAGUGAAACAGAUUCUCGAUGACAAAACUGACUGGAAAGUUACAUGGGGCGAAGCGAUCACGUUCCUUACGAGCCAACCCAAAAUGAAGAAUGGGGUCGACUUUGCCUUGGCUGGUGACAAUCCUGCGAACGCUGAUUCUAGGAGGCUGAUAAUAAAGGGACUCCACCCCGACAAGUGGCAAGGCGAGGUCAAAAGGUUCUACGAGGAGACAACAACUAAGCUUCUUAAAACCUACAGUUACAAAGUCCCAGGAGCAACCGCAUAUCAAGUCGAUAUCGUCCGAGACGUUGCCAACCUUGUCAACACGAGGUUUGCGGCCUCGGUUUUCAGUCUGCCAAUCAAGACCGAGGAACAUCCUAGAGGCAUCUACACCGAACAGGAGCUAUACACAGUUCUCUCGAUACUCUUCAUUGUUAUAUUCAACAAUGCCGACAUUGCCAAGAGCUUCCAGCUCCGAGAAGCCGGGCACAUACUAGCCCAGCAGUUGGGAGAAUUGAUAUUGAUAAAUGCAGAGGCUAUUUCAAAGACUGGUAUUAUUGCGGAUCUGCUCGCCAAAUUACACGAAUCUAGUCCACUAACGGAGUAUGGAACACAUAUGAUUCAACGACUGUUGGAUACCAACCUAUCUGUCAAAGAUGUUGUUUGGUCUCAUCUACUUCCGACCGCUGCAGCUAUGACGGCCAAUCAAUCUCAAAUCUUCACGCAAUCUCUCGAUUACUACUUGGGAGACGGAGCACAGUACAUUCCUGAGCUGUAUAGGUUGUCUAAGGAAAACACAAAGGAAGCCGAGGAUAAGAUUCUGAGAUAUUUCAUGGAAGGUGCCCGUCUCCGCGCAACUGUCGGUGUAUACCGCUCCUACCACCCAACACCCCCCUCGCCCACCCCAGCCAUAAUCUCAGACGCCGGAACUAAAAUCCCCAUCCCACCCGGCCGUCGCGUCUUUGCCAACAUAGCCCUCGCCUCCCUUGACGCCGCUGCGUUCCCAGACCCCCUCGCCGUCCGUCUCGAUCGUCCGCUAGACAGCUAUCUGCACUACGGCCUGGGUCCGCACCAAUGUGCAGGGAUGGACGUGAGUAUGGCUGCAAUGAAUGCUAUGUUCAAGACGGUGUUUGGGUUGAGAAAUCUGCGGAGGGCGGUGGGUGGGGGAUGGUAUGGGGAGAGUCAGGGGGAGAUGAAGAGGAUUGCACAUAUGGGGCUGGAAGGGGUGGAGGGUUAUAUGACGCCUGAUCAGAGUAGCUAUUUUCCAUUUCCGACUACGAUGAAGGUUCAGUGGGAUGCUGAGUAA